AUGUACAUCCUCAUCAUUCGUGCUAUUUUCCUUUACACGAUUGACAAGAACAAAAGAAUGGGCAAGCCUGCACUCACCAAAUAUGAAGCAAUCAAAAUGCUGAUAUCUUAUUUUGGUAUCUUGAUACUCUUUGGUCUCACGUGGCUGUUUGCUGUCUUCACGUUCAUUACUGAGCCUAACGUCUCAUUCAUGAUUCAGUUCUUCUUUGCUUUCUUCAAUACAUUCCAAGGCUUCUUUAUAUUUCUCUUCUUUGUCCUAUUAAACAGUGAUGUCAGAAAUAACUAUGUAUCACUAUUCUGUGACUGGAGAGCAAAAAAACCACCUUCCACUGCAGUAACUACAGCCGCUGCCAAAUACAACCAGACCUCAUCCUUAAAUGAUAAUUCUAAUUUGAUUUCACAAGCUCUAUCAUCAUCACCUAAUAACUUAAACAGUGACACAAGCUCUGAAGAGGCUCGAGAUUUUACAAGAGUUCUCAGAGACUCAAGUCUAGAGGAAGAGAAUAGCAUGCAUGAUGGAGAUAAUGGUUUUAUUGAUGAUGAUGAAUUGAUGAUGUCAGAGUUUGGUAGCAUUCGAUUUCAACGGUAUCUUACAGUACGAGGGAAACACUACGUAGAAAAAAUUGAAGUCGACUUGUUUGAUAAGGAUAAGAAGUGA